AUGGAACGAUAUUAUAAGAAACAGUGCUUAAAUCCUUCUCCAAAUAUUCCGGAUAGUCCUCCUCUUCCUUCAAAUAUUCCGGGUAGUCCUCCUCCUUCUUCUAGUAUUCCGAGUAGUGCACAACAAAGUGAGAUUACUGAGUUGGAUGAAAUAUUAGCUAAUCUUCCGGCAGACCCUGGACUGAGAUGUCGAAUGCUUGAUUAUCCACUCAAUUGUCGUGAAGCAAUUCGUAGAUACUACCUUCAAAAGGAACCUUGUCAACCUAAGUCUCACAUCAUGCCAAGGAAAGCUAGCGACAAUCGAUGUUUUAUUACAGGUUGGUUUGAUAAUUUUAAGUGGUUGGAGUAUAGUAUAGUAAAAGAUGCUGCAUUUUUCCGUUAUUGCUAUCUUUUUAAAUGUGAUUUUGAUAAAGCGGGUGGUAGUGGAAGUGAUGUCUUCACUACAAAAGGGUUUACAAAUUGGAGGAAAGGACCCGAAAAUUUUCGAGUCUACGAGGGAGGUGUUGGAAGUCUUCAUAAUAAAGCUAUGCAACAAGCUAAAGACUUGAUGACCCAAAAACAACACAUUGAAACAUUUGUGAUCAAGCAAACUGAUGAAGCUCGCGUUAAUUAUCACACUUUACUAAGUGGAGCACUUGAUUGCACAAGAUGGUUGUUGCGACAAGGUUUGGCUUUUCGUGGGCACGAUGAAUCUUUGAAAUCGAGCAAUAGGGGUAAUUAUAUAGAGCUUAUGCAAUUUCUUGCCGAUCAUAAUGAGAAAGUUAGAAAGGUUGUGUUUGAGAAUGCUCCCAAGAAUCUCAAGUAUACUUCUUCCGAUAUUCAAAAGGAUCUUGUUCGUGCUUGUGUUAUUGAAACUAUUAAUGCAAUCACUAAAGAUAUGGAAGGUAAAUUUGUUUCUCUUUUGGUUGAUGGAUCACGUGAUGCUUCCAAUAAAGAGCAAAUGGCGGUGGUAUUGCGUUAUGUGAACAAAAAAGGAGAAGCAAUUGAAAAGUUUUUUGGUGUUCAACAUGUCUCCUCUACAACUAGUAGCUCACUUGAAGAGGCUAUUGAGAGAUUGUUUGCUACAACAAAUUUGAGUAUGUCCAAGUUACGAGGACAAGGCUAUGAUGGAGCUAGUAAUAUGAGAGGUGAGUUAAAUGGUCUUAAAACAAAGAUUUUGAACAAAUACCCUCAAGCAUUUUAUAUUCAUUGUUUUGCACACCAACUCCAACUAGCUCUUGUAUUUGUGGCAAAGGAAAAUGAGGAUGUUGCCAAUUUCUUCAUCAAUGCUAAUAGAUUGGUGAAUCUUAUUGGAUCUUCGUGCAAGCGUUGUGAUGCAUUGAGAGAGAAACAACAAGAACAAAUUCAAAAAGCUCUUUAUCUUGGUAAUCUUGAAACGAGUGAAGGGUUAAAUCAAGAAAGUAGCCUCAUGCGUCCAUGUGAUACACGGUGGAACUCGCAUUAUGGUACUAUAGUUAAUAUUAUUGUUAUGUUUGAAGCCGUGGUGGAGGUGGUUGAAUGGAUUAAAAGUGAUCGCAAUCAAGAUAAUCUCGGUGAAGCUACUGGGUUAUUCAAAGACAUACAAACUUUUGAUUUUGUGUUUCACCUUUUCUUGAUGAGACUUAUAUUGGGAAUUACAAAUGAGUUAUCACAAGCAUUGCAAAAGAAAGAUCAAGAUAUUGUGAAUGCGAUGGCGUUAGUGGAAGUAUGCAAGCAAAGACUACAAUCCUUGAGAGAUGAUGACUUUGGGGACUUGUUGCAUGAUGUAGAAAAGUUUUGUGAGAAGCAUGAUAUUGUCAUUCCUAACAUGGAGGAUUUGCAUUUCGUACCUGGAAAAUCAAGGCCCCAACUUUAUCCUCAAGAUUUUGAUCGUAUGGACCUCAUGAAUCUUCUAAUUCAACUUGACAAUUACAUUCAAGAUAUGAAGAUGCAUAGUGAGUUUUCAUCAUUGAGAGGAAUCAGUGAUCUUGCAAAAGAGUUAGUGAAGACUAAGAGAUCACGCUAG